AACGCUGGGGAGAGUGCGGGUGAGCCGGAACAGUCUCAGGUUUUCGAGCAGUAUGGCUGCUUCCGUACCUGGAAUGGCUGGUCCGAAAAGCUGGAAGAGAAGUAGUUACCAUUCACAUGGAUGCAGUGUUGAGCACCUGCGAACCUGGCGGAGAGACCAAGAAGCAGCUCUGAGAAGUGCACGGAGGCUACGACAGUUGUUCAGUAAGCGGCGUUUAUGUGAAGACAUGUCAUCAGAUGGAGAAGUUGGCAUGGACAGUGAGACAACAGCUCUUUUAUCUGUGGAAGAGGUUUCACAGCUUUUAAGAAAGAUCCGGAGGGGAACAGAAGAUAGAACAGCCUCUAUGCAUCUUCUUCGACGAGGACUACAGCACAGCGAAAUCCAGCAGAAAUUUAUCAGGUUAGAGGGCAGUAUGUCUGUGCUGAUUGGCCUAUUUACCAGCAAUCAAGCCAACCUGCAGAUGGAUGCAGCUUGCUGUUUACAUGAACUCUCGCUGUCUACUGAUCCUGCUGUGGUCGAAGCAUGCUUGCCAGCAACCUCUUAUCUCCUGACUUACCUCUCUGGACACAGUGUAGCUCUCAUGGAGCUGUGUUUGUACACAUUAGGGAACUUGGUGGUUGAGAUGAAGGCUGUGAAGAAACACCUUCUACCUCAGGGCAUCAUCCCAGUGUUAGCAUCCUGUAUCCAGUCUCCUCAUGUGGCAAUACAGGAAGGUGUUGGCUACGUUCUGUCACAGCUCUUGCAAUCCAAGGAAGCUCCAGCUGAAAUCAUACCAUUAGUCCUAGAAUCCACCCUCCCUCAACACAUGCUUCAGUUGGUUUGUUCCAGGCUGGAAGACAGAAUAGGAACUGCAGUGGAAUGUGCAUGGGGUCUUCACUACAUUAUUUGCAGCCAAGUGAACAAUUCAUUGUUGAUCUCCCAAAGGACUGUGCCAUCCUUAGUGCAACUGUUGCUGGAAUUGUCCUCUCUGAUAGCAACAACUUCUGUUGAGGGUCUAGAAUUGUUGAUAUGCCCUGUUGUGCGUUGCAUUGGCAAUCUUCUUGCAGAAGAUAAGACAGAUAAUGAUGAACUGUUGAUAAAGGAAGAGUGCCUUCUGAAGACCUUGUUUGUCUUUAUACAGUAUUUCCUCCCCAAACACACCUUUGUUGUAAAUGAAUGUCUGUGGCUCAUGAACAACCUCACAGUUCACAGCACCUCAUCUUGUUCUGCUCUGCUCAGCCUGGAAUUCUUCCCCUAUCUGUUGAAGCUUUUACAUUCUUAUCAAGUAAUCAGCUUGCUGGUUCUAACGGUGUUGUGCAAUAUAGCUGCCAAGGGUGCUGCCUACUGUGAGAUGCUGCACCAAAAGGCUGUGCUUCCUUCUCUUGUCAACACCCUUGUUGUUUCUGAUGUCCAAGUGGUAGGCCAAGAUCUGGAACUAUUGCAUCUCAUCUUCCUUCACUGGCCAAAGGCUGCCACUGACUUUGUAAAUCAUUCUGGACUACAUGCCUUACAGCAGCAUCAAGAUAACCUACAUUUGCAAGAGCGAGUCAAAGCACUAAUUCAAACAGCUAGCCAGCUAAUUGCUGUCCUUCAAAAUGAUCCCUUUGGAACUGAAAGUCUACAUUUUACUUCCUUACAAAGCUGAAGCAGCGACGUAUAUAAAUCGACUAUGUUAACUUGUCGUCAACAAAC